AUGACUUCUCCCGAAUCCUUUGACGCCGUCAUCGUGGGAGCGGGUUUCGGAGGCAUCUAUAUGCUUUAUCGAUUGCGGAAUUUGGGAUUGAAAUGUCUGGUGGUUGAUCAGGCUGGGGAUGUAGGAGGGACGUGGUAUUGGAAUCUUUACCCUGGUGCGAUGUCGGAUACGGAAAGCUAUGUUUAUCGAUAUAGCUGGGAUAAGGAGGAUUUGGAGAGUUAUCCAUGGUUUCAUUAUGUUAAGCAGCCUGAGGUGUUGAAGUAUCUUAAUCAUGUUACGGAUAAGUAUGGGCUUCGGAAGGAUAUGCGGUUUAAUACGCAAAUGCUGGGUGCGGAUUGGGAUGAUGGUCGUAAGGGUUGGAAUAUCGAGCUGAGUGGUGGAUCGAAGGUCCAUGCUCGUUACCUGGUGACUUGCUUAGGACUUUUGUCGAAGCAGAAUAUUCCGGAUAUACCUGGUCUCAGCAAUUUCCAAGGCGACGUACACCAUACUGCGAAGUGGCCGAAAGACUUUGCACUAGAAGGCAAGAGGGUGGGUGUUAUUGGAAAUGGAUCGACCGGAGUGCAAGUUAUCACAGAGAUUGGCAGCCAGGCCAAGUCCUUGCUGUCGUUCCAGCGCCAUCCGCAGUACAGCGUCCCUUCAGGCGACAAGAAAGUCACGCCUGAGUAUCGAGAGUGGGUAAACAGCAAUUACGACCAGAUCUGGAACACAGUCAGGAACUCCAUCACCGCGUUCGGAUUUGAAGAAAGUAGGAUCUCGUACAAUGAUGUCGAUGAGGCCGAACGCCAGCGGAUCUUUCAAGAAAACUGGGACCGCGGCAAUGGCUUUCGUUUCAUGUUUGGCACUUUCAAUGAUAUAACGAGCAAUCCCGAGGCCAACGAGGGUGCUUGCGAGUUCAUUCGUUCAAAGAUUGACGAGAUUGUGAACGAUCCCGUCAAGGCCAAGAAGUUGAAGCCUUACGAUGUCUAUGCUCGACGGCCGCUUUGCGAUGGUAAUGCUUCCAACAACCAGAAGUAUUUUGAGCAAUUUAAUCGUGAAAAUGUCGACAUUGUCGACCUGAAGGAGAAUCCAAUCAAGCAAGUUGAAGCCAAGGGCAUUCGAACGGAGGAUGGGGUCCUUCACGAAUUAGACGUGAUAAUUCUGGCGACAGGAUUUGACGCAGUGGAGGGUAACUACCAGAGGAUGACGAUGCGAGGGAGGAACGGAAUCUCACUCGCAGAGCUCUGGAAGGACGGGCCGACUUCGAACUUGGGCAUGUUUGUUCCCGACAUGCCAAACUUCGGGAUGGUGAACGGGCCCAAAGGUCCAUUCACGAAUCAGCCGCCGGCAAUUGAGAGCGAGGUUGACUUCAUUGCCGAGAGCAUCGAGAGAGCUGAAAAUUCUGGGGUACGGGUGGUGGAGACGACGUACGAGGGCGAACAGCAGUGGGCCAAGUUGUGCGAAGAGUUGGCCGCGCGCAGUCUGUUUUGGAAGGCCGCUGAGAACUGGAUCUUCGGUGCGAACAUUCCGGGCAAGAGAAGAUGCCUGAGAUUCUACUUCGGAGGCAUGAGCGGAUACAUCGCAGAACUGCAGAGGUGCGUUGCGAACGGAUAUGCUGGAUUCGUGCCAUUCACGCAGCCGCAGGUAGAAGGCUGA